GCAGCCUCUGUCUCAUCUGGCAGGUAGCAGUCAGCACCAACCCAGCUUCCAUCAUGAUCAACAGGUGGAUCCUCCAAGCUGCAUUUCUGCUGUGGUUUCUCCCCAUAGCCCUGUCCAUCAACUACAAGGAGCUUGAGCUCAAGCAAAGGAAGUGCAACUCAGAGUGUCUGGAGGUCCUGAGACAGCUGCAUGGACCGCUCUGCCUCAACCACAGAAUGGACUUCAAGAUCCCUAUGGAGGUGAAGCACCCAGGACAGAUGGAGAAGAGAAACGUUGCCUUGAUCAUCGAAGAGAUGCUCCAGAAUAUCUUUAUUGUCUUCAACAGCAAUUACUCAAGCACUGGUUGGAAUAAGACCAUCGUUGAAAGCUUCUUGGAUAAGCUUUAUAAGCAGAUAGACUUUCUGAAGAAAAUCCUAAAGGAAAUGCCAAAGAAUGAAAGUUUGACUACAAGGGACUCAACUAUUCCACGCUUGAAGAGCUAUUACGAGAGGAUGCAAAGGUACCUUGAAGACAACGGGCACAGCAGCUGCGCCUGGAUGGUGACCCAAGCAGAAGUCUUAAGGAACUUUAUGUUCAUCAAAAGGCUCACUAGGAUCUUCUAGAACUGAAGACCUGUCAGCUGACGCCUCUGAGACUGGACAAUGGUUGCAGGCGAUCUUUAAGAAUCAGAGGCUUGCUCUGUGACUGGCAGUGAGCAGACUGUAUUUGAAAUGUCAAAGGGAGCCUUGGAAAUUUUAUUAAUUUAUAAUUUAAAUUAUUUUCUACUCUUUAUUUAA